AUGAACAAGAAGGUGACUGCUGGAGAAGUUUGUUCCACAGACAAAAGGCAGGUGGAGUACAUGGGGAGAAGGACCAUAGGGUACUGCUCUGUUUCAUUUCCAACUCAGAUAAUGGAGACUCAUAGAUGGACAUGGUUUGUGAUCUCAGCAAUGUCUGCAAAGCAAGAAUGGACAACAGUGUAUCAAAGAGCACAAGACCUAGAGCACCAGGGCUUCCAUAGUUGUGGAGUCCAGCUUCGUUGCUUCGUGGAAAGUGGAAUCUUCCCGGACCAGGGAACGAGGCCACAUGUCAUGCACUGGCAGGCUGAUUCUCAACCAAUGAACCACCUGGGGAGCCCCUGA